AUGGUGCGUCUAAGCUUGGUUGCGUCGCUCUUCGCGGCGGUAGCCAGUGCCGUGACUGUCGAGCAGAUUGGCAACAAGAAGGGCACCACGCGUCUUCCAGGCGCCUACAUCUUUGAAUUCGAGGAUGAAAGUGACCACGCCGACUUCUAUUCCAAGACCAGCACUGAUGGCAAGACUCGAAUGGAGUUCGACUUCAAGCUAUUCAAAGGAGCCUCGAUUCAAUUCAACGACCACGAGCGCGCGGAGGAGAUUGCGGCCAAGAUCUUAGAACUCCCUGCUGUCAAGGCAAUGUGGCCGGUCAGGGUGUACGGCAUCCCGGAGCCGCGGAUUGAUUGGCAGGGCACGCCGGGACAGGAGUACGCAACCAUGAAGAAGCGAUCGGCAUCUGAGACUGCCAAGGAUAUCUUCUCGCCUCACGUCAUGACCCAGGUCGACAAGCUUCGAGAGGAGGGCUAUACUGGAAAAGGCGUCAAGGUUGCCGUCAUUGACAGCGGUAUCGACUAUAAGCAUCCAGCUCUUGGCGGAUGCUUUGGCGAUGGAUGUCUUGUCAGUUUUGGAACUGAUCUCGUCGGUGAUGACUACAACGGCUACAACGAAGUCAACCCUGACGACGACCCCAUGGACUGCCAGGGCCACGGAACCCACGUCGCCGGCAUUCUCGCUGCUCAGGAGAACUCGAUGGACUUUACCGGCGCCGCCCCUGGCGUCACACUCGGCUCCUACCGCGUCUUCGGCUGCAACGGCGAGGCCGGAAACGACGUCCUGAUCGCCGCCUUCAACAAGGCCUACGAGGACGGCGCCGACAUCAUCACCGCCUCCAUCGGCGGCCCCAGCGGCUGGUCGGAGGAGGCCUGGGCCGUCAGCGUCUCUCGAAUCGUCGAGCAGGGCGUCCCCUGCACCCUGGCCGCGGGCAACUCUGGUAACGUCGGCAUGUUCUACGCCAGCACGGCGGCGAGCGGAAAGGGCGUGACGGCCGUUGCCUCGUUCGACAACACCGAGACUGUCUCGAUUCUCAACGUUUCCCACUACACCGUCAACGGCAGCGCAAAGCAGGAGUUUGGCUCCCAAGCCGGCAUCCCUGCUGCCUGGACCGGCGUCAAGCUUCCGCUCUGGGCCCUAAACUACGAUACGAAUGUCACGAAUGACGCUUGCGAUGAGUUCCCCAAGGGCACUCCCGAUCUAAGCGGCUACAUCGUUCUCAUCCGCCGAGGAACCUGCGAGUUCAUUAGCAAGGCUACCAACGCGGCCGAGGCUGGAGCCAAGUACAUUAUUGUCUACAACAAUGAGGCUGGCGUUAUCCCCUACGAUGUGUCCCCCGUCGACGGCAUCAAAGCUGCUGCCAUGGUGACGCCCGAGCAGGGCGAGAAGUGGAUCAAGCUCCUCCAAGCGGGCUCCAAGGUCGUCGUUGAGAUGUCCGAUGGCUCUGACGGCAAGGUCACGUUCGAGCAGGUCCGGAACGACCUCACCGGCGGCGCCGUCAGCACCUUUACCUCUUGGGGUCCGAACUGGGAGCUAGAAGCCAAGCCACAGUUCGGCGCCCCCGGCGGUGGCAUCUUGUCUACCUACCCUCGAAACCUGGGCAGCUAUGCUGUGCUCUCCGGCACCUCGAUGGCAACCCCCCUAAUGGCGGGCAUCUUCGCCCUCAUCUCCGAGGUCCGCGGCACGCUUGAGCCAGAGCUUAUUGAGAACCUCUUGUCUGCAAGCUCCAACCCGCAGCUGUUCAACGAUGGCGAGCGCUACUACCAGUUCCUCGCCCCCGUUCCGCAACAAGGCGCCGGUCUUGUCCAGGCCCACGACGCCGCCCACGCCAAGGUUCUCUUGAGCCCCUCGAGCUUGUCGUUCAACGACACGGAUCACUUUGUGCAAUCGCUCAACUUCACACUCAAGAACACAUGCACCAAGGAUGUCGAGUUUGAGAUCUCACACGCACCCGCUGGUACUACGUAUACGCUUGUUGAAAAUAGCAUUUAUCCCGACUCGUUUCCUAAUGAGUUUACUUCCCCACAAGCCACUGUCAAGUUUAGUGAGAACAAGGUCACCGUCGGCGCUGGCAAGAGCGUGACUAUUGAGGUCCUCCCCACUCCUCCAAACGGACUUCAGGCGGUUCGUCUUCCUGUCUGGUCCGGAUAUAUUGCCAUCAACGGUACAGACGGAAGCUCGCUGUCCAUUCCAUACCAGGGUCUCACCGGGUCCUUACACGACUCGAAAGUGCUAGGUCCCGAGGACACUUGGAUCAGCAAGUCAAGCGACGACAGAAAACUCCCCGUCGCCGAAAACACCACAUUCACGCUCCCAAAGCCCGGCACAAUCACCGACCAGGAGGACCUCAACUCCACGAGCGCCGUGUUCCCGACGCUGGUCUGGUUCCUUGCUCUCGGCUCUUCCAAGUUGCGCGCCGACGUUGUCCCCGUCAAGUCCAACUUGACGAAUGGCGAUUUCGAUGUGCCCAGUAACGGCAGCUUUGGACAGGUCGUGGACUUCCCAAUGCUGUGGAACUCAAUGGGCCAAAACUCGAUGCCGUGGACUGGCGAGUUGGCGGAUGGCAGCUAUGCGCCCGCGGGCAUGUACAAGAUUGUUUACCGGGCGCUGAGGAUCUUUGGGGAUGAGAAGAAGACGAGUGAUUGGGACAAGUCUGAGUCACCCGCGUUUGGCAUCAAGUACGCAUAG